AUGAGACAUACAAAUGAGGAUGUUCUACAACAUAUUCCAUGUAAGUUGGAUCAGAAGAGUAAUGAAAUGUUAUGUAAGGUUCCUUCAAAUGAGAAAGUGAAAGCAGCUGUGUUCAACCUCAGUGGUUCUAGUGCCAGUGGACUAGAUGGCUUCUCAGGCUUUUUCUAUCGGGUUUGUUGGUCUAUUGUAGAAGCAGAUGUGCUUAGGAUGAGUAUGCAUGACAAGUUAGAGAAGGUCCUUCCUACUCUAAUCUCUCCUCAUCAGGCUGGUUUUAUGAAGGGUAGGAGUAUAAUUGAAAAUGUGUUGCUCACACAAGAUAUUGUCACAGAUAUUAGGAAGAGGGGUAAACCUGAUAAUGUGAUCUUAAAGCUAGAUAUGGCAAAGGCAUAUGAUAGAGUUUCCUGGAAAGAGAUAUCAAGGGCAUUAAACUCAUUGUAUGACAACAGUUUGUAUGUGGGGUAUGGCUUGCCUAAAUGGAGUGCCAACAUUAAUCAUCUAGUAUAUGCAGAUGAUACCAUAAUAUUUGCAUCUGCUAAGAGAAAUUCUUUACAAAUGAUCAUGGACAUUCUCAAAGAUUAUGAAGCAAUAUCUGGUCAACUGAUCAAUAUUGAAAAAAGUGCCUUCUACAUGUAUCAUAAGGUGGUAGAUAGAGUGAUGCAGGAUGUGCAGCAGGUGACAGGUUUCACAAAGGGACAAUUCCCUUUCAAGUAUUUAGGAUGUCCCAUUUUUCAUCCUAGAAAGAAGAAAGUCUACUACCAAGAUCUCAUCAAGAAAGUGAAGGAUAAAUUGCAGAGUUGGAAGGGUAAAUUCUUUGUCAUUUGGUGGUAA